AUGGGCCACACAACCAAGUUUGCUAUCGGUUUCGGCACCUUCGUCGGGGUGAUCGUAUUAGGCGUCCUGAUCAGAAAGUGUUGCUGCAAGAAAGAAAAGUUCCAUAUUGGGGGUGAGGACUCAGACAUGUCCUAG